AUGUCGUGGCGCAACCAGCAAGGAAUCACUGGCUCGAACAAUAUCCCUCUUGGAAAGCGCCGAUUUGGAGGCGACGACGAGGGUGCAAGCGAGGCCUCAACACCGACACCUGCUGCCUCGGACAAUGGCGCCCUGCGUGGCAGGAGCCCAACUCGAGCCGACCAGCCCGCAGACGGUGUGAAAAGGCGCAAGAAGCGCAACCGUUGGGGCGACGCUCAGGAAAACAAGGCUGCUGGCCUUAUGGGCCUGCCGACCAUGAUCAUGGCCAAUUUCACUAAUGAACAACUUGAAGCAUAUACGCUACAUCUUCGUAUUGAAGAGAUCAGCCAAAAGCUUCGCAUUAACGAUGUCGUCCCCGCAGAUGGUGACAGAUCGCCGUCGCCACCUCCACAGUACGAUAACUUCGGAAGACGUGUAAAUACCAGGGAAUAUCGCUACCGCAAGCGCCUGGAAGAUGAGCGCCACAAACUUGUUGAGAGGGCAAUGAAGGUUAUACCUAACUAUCACCCGCCCUCUGACUACAGGCGUCCCACCAAGACACAAGAGAAGGUCUAUGUGCCUGUGAAUGACUAUCCAGAGAUUAACUUCAUUGGUUUGCUUAUCGGGCCUCGUGGAAAUACUCUCAAGACUAUGGAAAAAGAAUCUGGAGCCAAGAUUGCUAUUCGAGGCAAAGGUUCCGUCAAGGAAGGAAAGGGCCGAUCUGACGCCGCUCACACUAGCAACCAGGAAGAAGAUCUUCACUGUUUGAUUAUGGCCGACACUGAGGAGAAGGUCAACAAGGCGAAGCAACUGGUCCACAACGUCAUCGAAACCGCUGCGUCUAUUCCCGAAGGCCAGAACGAGCUCAAACGAAAUCAACUUCGAGAACUCGCCGCCCUCAACGGUACCCUACGUGACGAUGAAAACCAGGCUUGCCAGAACUGUGGACAAAUUGGUCACCGAAAAUACGAUUGUCCCGAGCAGCGCAACUUCACCGCGAAUAUCAUUUGCCGUGUUUGUGGAAAUGCUGGUCACAUGGCCCGUGAUUGUCCCGAUCGUCAACGUGGCACUGAUUGGCGCAACAACGGUGGCUACGGUGGUCGUGGACCCCAUCGUGCCAUUGGCGGUGGCGAUGCCGUCGACCGUGAGAUGGAGCAACUCAUGCAAGAACUUUCCGGCGGUGGCUCUGGCCCCAACGGCGAAGCACCCCGUCGCAUCGAAGGAGCUCCUGGAGGUUACGAGCAGCAAGACUCGAAUUACAAGCCCUGGCAACAGCGUGGACCCCCUGCUUCGGACGUCGCUCCAUGGCAACAGCGUGGACGUGAACAUCGGGGCCGUGAUGAUUAUGAAUCCCGCGAUACCAACGACGCUGCUCCAUGGGCUCAAAGCCGUGGUGGCGGCAACUACGGAUACGGUUCGCAUCACGGUAACUACUCAGCGCCAGGAGCUGCCUCUGGUGCCGCUCCUUGGCAGCAGCAAGCUCCGCCUCCGCCUCCUGGAGGUCAAGCAGGUUAUGGCUACGGCUACUCUGCAUUCCCUCCGCCACCUCCAUCUGGUGCACCUCCUGGUCUUCCUGGUGCUCCGCCAGGCAUGGAAUCCAUGUACUACGGUGGUGCUGGGGCACCUCCGCCCCCACCACCCGGCGAGGGCCCUCCUCCUCCCCCACCAAGUGAUCAGCCCCCACCACCUCCACCACCGGCAUGA